GAAGCAUCAUCGUCGGCAGCAAACCGGCCAAGUGACUUGGGCUGAUUUAUUAUCUCGCUUUCUUGCUGCUCAUUAAUCACUAUUAUCAAGUCAUCUACUUCUCCCCCCACGUCCCUCACUAACUCUAAUGUACGGAAGAUAACCUCCCCCCCUUUGUCCCUCAAUAUGCCUCUCGCCACGCACUUCACCCUGAACACGGGAGCGGAAAUCCCCGCCGUGGGAUUCGGCACCUGGCAGGCCGGGCCGCACGAGGUCGAACGCGCCGUCGAGACCGCCCUGCGCUCCGGCUACCGCCACAUCGACUGCGCCGCCAUCUACCGCAACGAGGCGGAGGUCAGCGAGGGCAUCCGCAAGAGCGGCGUGCCGCGGUCCGACAUCUUCGUCACCGGGAAGCUGUGGAACACCAAGCACGCGCCCGAAGACGUCGAGUCCGGCGUGGACAAGACGCUCCGGGGCCUGGGCACGGAUUACCUGGACCUGUUCCUGAUGCACUGGCCCGUCCGCGGACGGUGGACGGCCCGCUGGUCGGUAAGCUCGCCGGUCGGCUCGGCAUCGAUGGCGGCCAGCUCCUCGCCUCCUGGGGCGUGCAGCGCGGCACCGUGGUGCUGCCCAAGAGCGUCACCCCCGGCCGCAUUCGAGUCCAACUUGCAGGUCCGGGAGCUGCCGGCGGACGUCUUUCAGCAGCUCAACGGCCUCGAGAAGAACAAGAGGUUCGACUGGCAGACGAGAUGGGGCUUUGACGUCUUCCAGGAGUUAGGGGAGGAGGAGGCCAAGCGCGUCGCGCAAGAGACGGGGCCUGAGAACUUGAAAAAGUUCACCAUUUAG